AAAAAAACCACACGAAUUCCCAAUUUCAAACGCCGAUCUCUCCGUCUCGCCGGCCACCGCAACCACCCACCCACCCACUCUACCACCCAUGGACCACGCCGCCGACCACCUCGACCCGGCGGCGCCGCCGUCCGGGCCCGCCUCCUCGUCCGCCGCCGUCGCCGAGGUCAACGCGUGGUUGGCCUCCCUCGCGGCGGAGGCCGGAGGGGCCGGGGGAGGCGGGGUCGGGGCUCCGGGAGGGCGCGGCGGCGUCGUCGGCGUCGGCGGUGGUGGGGCGGCACCGGAGCUCUCGCUGGGGCCCGAGCCCACGCCGCGCGGGGUGGCCUACCUCCGCGCGCUGGCGGCCGCGUCGCAGGCGAGGUCCCGCGCGGCGGGGAUCGCGGCCGCGGGGCUGCGCGCGCAGGCCGCGGAGUACCGCGCCGAGGCGGCGCGCCUGCGGGAGGCGCUGGAGCGGGCAGGGCUCGCGCGGGACGCGCUCUCGCCGCCCGCGGCCGUGUCCGCGCGCGCCGUGGCCGCCGUCGCCAACCUCCUCGCCAUCCGCGACACGGAGAUGAGCAGCUUUGUUGUGGCCAGUGCGGACCUGUCGCUGAGGAGAGCAGAGGUGGAGGAGAAGAGGGACAAGGUGCAUAAGGAAUCAAAGGCGCUUCUUGAUUACACAAGGAAGGCCAUCACCAAGCUUACUGAGCUCAAGAAGAUGCUGGAAAAAUUUAAAAAUGAUGUGGAGAAGCAACAAGCAGAACAGAUGACGGAUUGGCAGACAAAGUUGGUUAUGAUGGACUCAAAGGAACGCCAAUAUAUACUCCAAGUCUCCAAUUAUAAGGCAAUGCUCAACCGAGUGGGAUAUACACCGGAGAUCAAUCAUGGUGUGCUGAUGGAAAUGGCAGAGCAUAAGAAGGAUCUAGAGAGAAAGACUAAACCCAUUGCAGACACAUUGAGAAGCUACCAGGACUUGCCACCAGACAAAGCUCUAGCAGCUCUAGCUAUAGAGGACAAAAAAAGACAGUAUGCGGCGGCAGAGAAGUAUCUGGAAGAUGUGUUACAGUCUGCAUUAACCACACCUGGCCUAUGAUGUGUGUGUGUGUGUGUGUGUGUGUGUGUGUGUGUGUGUGUGUGUUAUUAAGUUUGUAAUACUAUUUGGUCUGACAUGCCAUUGAUUGAUAGUGCUAUGCAGUAAUGGCCAUUGAUUUCUUGUAAGUUGUAACUUGAUUCUAUGAUCCUGUAAAAUGCAUGUUCUACUGUUUACCUAA